AUGGCGUCCGGAAACGAUGCAGGCGGUGGUCGUUUGAGCUGCAGCGCGACAGACCGCAAAGGACCGCCAGCUGGCCUCACCGUACGAGCCCUGGAUUGGCCACUCAGCAAAGACGAGAAGCGGCUUUGUGCCAUGAAGCUCUUCCAGCAAGAGGUUGAGGCAUCCGCAGAUCAGUUGGAUGAGCAGUCCGAGCAGAUCGACGAGCUGCAUGCAGAGAUCAAGGUCUUGAGACGGCUCUCCACCUGUUCCACGGCCGCGGGCUCCGUGUCGCCGGCUUCGGGCGAGGCGCCUGAUCACUGCGCUGAGGCCGAGCUGCGAGUACCGGGCCCUUGCGAGGAAACAUUGCUAUCGGCAGUACAAGCGUAUGAUGGGGCGAGCCAGAGAAGCCAUGCGCAACCGAACCGGUCGCCGGAGCAAAUCGCCAAGUUCUAUGGCGGCUGUGAAGAUCACGCAGCAGACUUUUGGGGCUGUGUAGCUGACAAGGACGACCUGACUCCGUUGGAGGCGGUCAUGUGGCUCGCAAGGUCUUUACCUGCUCCGAUCUUGGAGGGACGGUCAAGGCGCUGGCGAGCGACGCUCCUCCAAAGUGGCCACGGCCGCUCAGGCUUUGAGGAGCUUCGGGCACGGGCCUGGGCAUCAGCCGAGGCGCAGACUCUUCGACUGGAGGCAGAACGAGAGCUGCGGCGAACUUUCCGAGGUGAUGAGUUUAUGGAAAGUCCGGGCGUUCCAGAAGCAAUUGUAGAGAUUGCUCAAACUAUUUCGGCUCCGAAAGGCGAUCACCUUCCUGGAGCCACCCACAUCGCUGCCCUGCUCAUGUACGGCACCUCGGUUUGCGAGGCAUCCAUUGGAAGGUGGUUCUGUUGGGUCCCGUUGCCCUCGGUAGGAUUCGGGAGAAGACUUUGGCUUGAGCACAGACACACACACACACACUCGUGCACUCGUGCAAUCCUCCCUUUGGACUAA